AUUGUCCCUUCUUCGGCACCGACAGAAAAAAAAAAACAGGCUAACAAGCUGUCAGCUACCCUUUCAUCCACACGGUUCACAGUUGUUUUAACGAAGGUGUUACGGUCGAGACAGCUGACUGCACAAACCAGGGGCCAUGGCGUACGCGUACCUCUUCAAAUACAUCAUCAUCGGAGACACGGGUGUGGGGAAGUCAUGUCUAUUACUACAGUUCACAGACAAGAGGUUUCAGCCGGUUCACGACCUCACUAUCGGUGUGGAAUUCGGAGCGAGGAUGAUCACUAUAGAUGGCAAACAGAUCAAACUGCAGAUCUGGGAUACGGCUGGUCAGGAGUCGUUCCGGUCCAUCACUAGGUCCUACUACAGAGGAGCAGCAGGAGCACUGCUAGUCUAUGACAUCACAAGAAGGGACACCUUCAACCACUUGACUACCUGGUUAGAGGACGCUCGCCAACAUUCCAACUCCAAUAUGGUCAUUAUGCUCAUCGGCAACAAGAGUGACCUGGAGUCGAGGAGAGAGGUGAAGAAAGAGGAAGGUGAAGCAUUUGCCAGAGAACACGGCCUCAUAUUCAUGGAGACCUCAGCCAAGACUGCCUCUAACGUCGAGGAGGCUUUCAUCAACACAGCCAAGGAGAUCUAUGAGAAGAUCCAAGAGGGAGUGUUUGAUAUCAACAAUGAGGCUAAUGGUAUUAAGAUCGGACCCCAGCAUCCUACCACCAACUCCACGCUGUCCGGUAGCCAGGGAGGCCAACAGGCUGGAGGAGGCUGCUGCUGAAGCUCCAGAACAGACCUCCUUCGACCCUGACCCUUCCUCCUCCUCCUCUUCCUCCUCGCUCCCUCUCCAACCCUCCCUUGCGUUUCUACAGAACUGUCCAGGCUCACUAACAGUUUGUUAACCUCUCACUCAACCGCUCCAUUCUUUCAUCCAUCCAUCCCUCCCUCUCGCUCUGCGUCUUUUUGGCUCUUUCAACUGUGUCGUUCCUACUAAGUCUCUACCAUAUCUUAAGCAUCUAGGGGCCAAGUCCCCAUAAAUCAACGUGACUUCCUACAGUCUUAUGAGGACAGAGUCAGCUUCACCUGCUAAAUUUUUUGCCACCGAAAUUCUGAAGUUUUGCAGUUCACCGUUUAUUUUUGGGGGGUUAGAUAAACAGAUUUUAAUCUUUUUAUUUUUAAUUUAACAACACCCAUUCUGGAAGUUUAAUUUACACACUCCUCCUGGUUCGUGAGGAAGUUGUUGGGAUAUUACGGUACUUAGAAUCAUUAAAAAAAAAUAACUUUAUCUUCGGUAACGGUGAGUUGAAUUUGUCCAGAAAGACACAGGAUUGUCGAUACCGAUUAAACACUCUCUUAACAACUGACUGUAUGGAAUAAACCAUGCACUGUGUUGUGUCUAUACACACAUCUGUACAUGUUUUCAUGAAAAUGACGCAGCAGCACGUUGAUAGCAGGACAUGUUUCUACAUGUUUUCAUGCUGUGCCUGUGUGUGUGUGUAUAGGGAUGAUAUAGUUAUUCCAGUAUGCUGUUUUGUUUUGUUUUUUUGUAAGAUGUAGGAGGCAUUCAAGUCACGCUGUAUUUUCUGUCCAUAAAGUGCAAAUUAUGUUAUUUUGUGCUUUCCCUGUUUUUCAUCAAGCGCUCUCUCUCUCUCUCUCUCUCUCUCUCUCUCUCUCUCUCUCUCCUUUUUUGUGUUGACUUGCAAAAUGAUUUGUAUUUAAUGAACACUACAAACUGGCUGUGGCUUACAAGAAAAAAAAAAAGAAAAAGUGUUUUAAAUUGUCCGGGCAGAGAAUAAAAGACCAAACUGUUAA